AUGCCCAUGCCGCCUUUGUUGCAAUUCUAUUGGCUCUCCGUCAUUGCGGCCACAUCGGCUUUCAAUGUUUCGGUGAAGGGCUUUGGGCCACCACGGCAUUUCGUCCCUGCCUCCAGAGACUUGUCGUCGGAGUUGGAACAUGUGGCAAGCAAAUUCAGGCUCUUGAGUUGGAACAUUCUGGCACCCACGUGGGACAAUUUAGGCGUCAAAGAAUCCAACUGGCAAGCCAGGUUUGCUCGCAUCGUGCAAGAGAUUCGUUUGCGGAGGCCGGACGUCAUGGUUUUGCAAGAGGUGGAGGUGUUGAUCUACGAUGAGCAAGUACAGCCCUUCAUGAAAGCUCGUGGUUACCAGGGUGUAUACACAGGGAUAGAUGCUGGAAUCGGGCUGGCGGUGUUCUGGCGCACGUCCAAAUUUGCGUUGAGCACCGCUACGGAUUUUGACCUGACCACAACAGCCUUAACUCCUUGGCGUUCACUCUUCAACGAAGACUUCAAUAAGGAGCAGCGAGAAACUUGGAGAUGUCAACCCAGUGCUUUUGCUUUCCACUUGACUUCGUCAAAUGGACACAGUGGACACAAAUGUUGGGAUGGUGGACACAUCAGCAUCACCACUUGGAGUUGGAACGGCUUCUUCAUGUUUUCCCCCCAAACAGCGUGGACCACUAAAGGGGUCUUGUUGAGGUUUCGUCACAGAAAAGGAUGGCUUCCUCCGAAGUUUCGUGCAAGGGUUCUAGACUCGUUGCAAGCUCCGACACUUCCUUGCCCAGGGUGGGGUAGAGGAUGUGUUGCAACAGCUCGUCGCGGCCUUUUGCGGUUUCGCGCGCACUUGUUGUGGUGCCGUGCGCAUUUUUCGGACUUACUUAUUGUUCUUUUCCUCGCAGGGGCGCUGUUUUGGAUAUCUUGGCAGGUCUCAGAUUUCGUCUCCGCGGCACAGCGAACGACUUCGCUUCAGAAGCGGUCAAGACAACUUCAAGCAGGACUGUGCUAG